AUGUCGGAAGAUAGAAGGGCCAGAUUGGCCGCAUUGAGAAAGAAUAGAUCUAAUAAAGAUGCAACCCAAAUACCGUCACCGUCACCAACAAUCAAGAUAACAACCGAUACAUCGGGAAAGAAUGAGGUCCAUCAAAAAGACCUACUAUCUACUAAAACUGAACUACAAAAGUCUGAAGUAGAUAAAGAGGAAAAAUCCUCAGAAAUAGACCCACAUGAUUCUGAAGCUCAAUUGAAUCAAGAAAAAGAAAUGAACGAUGAUAUAGAUAUAGAAUUAAAUAAUCAGGAAGUCAACACUAACAAGGCAUCGUAUACCGAAGAUAUGAAAAAAGACUUAAAGCAUUACUUCCAUAAAGCUGAAAUACGGAAUAAUAGAGCAAUAGAUAAAAUUAUUCAAGAAAGGCUCUUGCAAGAUUGA